AUGGCUAAUAGCCUUCCCUGGGUAGUAACUUGCACUUUUUUCAUAGCUACUACCAUCAAUGGAUUUACCCAGAAAGAACUCAAACAGCUUUUGUUGCAAAGACUUGGGCUUCCUGAAGUCCCAGCUCUUCAUAGGGCAGACCUGGAGAAUCUCAUCAUCCCAGAGAACGUAAGAAAUAAGUACUUGUCCAUGCUGAAGCAGCACCGCAUAAAGCGAAGAGCCUUGCCAAGUCUAGCUGGGAUCCUGAGAGGGAUUCCUGGCAAUGCAGAUAUUUCAGGGGAAGUUCUCUAUUCAGACGCCACUCGCCAGAAGCUGAUCUUCGACAUGGAGGACAGGAUACCAGAAAACAGUGAAGUUACCCUGGCAGAGUUGAAGCUUUUCAAAAAGCCAUUGGAGAGGGUACAACUGCCCAGCCGUCAAUUUCAUAGGCCAGUCACAAAUGCCAGGGUGAGCGUGUAUUGGGUGCAGCCUCAAGAGAAUGGAACUAACCGGACUUCUUUGAUUGAUUCCAGGUUAGUUCCAGUUAUGGAGUCUGGCUGGAGGAAUUUUGAUGUAACCCAGGCUGUGCAUUAUUGGCUAAAGACCAAGAGACAGGGGCCAAUGCUCCUGGAGAUCUGGAUUGAAGGAGAACGAUUAGGCAGCUAUGCAUCUGAAAUGGCCAGAGUCGUGCGCUUUACUUCUCAGGAUCCAUCUGAUAAAGCCUUGGGCAAACCUGAGUUGGUGCUUUACACACUCAAUCUGGAGGAGUAUGGGGGACCUGGUGAUUGUAAAGAGGAAAUCUUGACUGAGAGGACCAUAUGCUGCCGACAGGAACAUUACAUCAAUUUCCGUGAGCUGACUUGGACUCAGUAUUGGAUUAUUGAGCCAGCUGGCUACCAGGCUUACCACUGCGUGGGUGUCUGCCGGCAGCCCAAGAAUUUGCUGCGCCAUUUUGGCUACGGAGAGAGAACAUGUGCUGUGGUAGAAAGUUCCCCACUUCCCAUGAUGUAUCUUGUCAAGAAGGGCAACUAUACAGAAAUUGAAGUGGCAGAAUUCCCUAACAUGAUUGUAGAAAAAUGUGGCUGUACUAUGGACAACAUAGCAGUGGUUUAGACUCAAGCACUUAGUCUGGUAUAAGUAUAAAAGAUGGUCUUCAUACUUUAAUUAACAGUACAAUGGCAGUUGGAAUUUUAGUGCCCCUAAUCCAGACCACAUAAAACCUGUGGUGUGUUGUAGUUAUCUACUGGCUUUAUGAACCCACCUAUAUCAUGGUAUGUUCCUCUUCCUCCAAGGAACAGAACUAUGCUCCUAUGGCUGAAGGUUAUUCCAAAUUGAACUUUCCCACAAGAAUGCUCAAUACUAGAUUUGUAUCAUUUAUCCUUCAUUUCAAUGUGUGCGUUUACUAAAGGUUGGCCCUAAAGGUGCCCUUCCACAAGCAAAAGGCACUUCACUCACACAAAACAGGACCUAAAGUUUUCAUGGAUUUCCCACUUGAGCUUCAGCCUGAGGGUGCUUCCCACCCUGAGCUGCAGCCUAGACUAUCCCAGAUCCUUAGGAGCAGCUUUGAGGGUGGCAGGGGAGGGACUCUGGGAGCUCUGAACACCCCAGCGCUUUCUUUUCUUGAAAAUGAAGCAUGUUGUGGUCACAUUUGGACUGGGAUUGUGGGGUAUGAGGAGGGCUGUUGUUAACCCUUCUCCUUAGUGCUGUUUCCCUAACCUGAAACAUCCCUAGGGAACUGCGAUUUGCCCCAUUGGUGUGGCAUCUGGUCCUCACUCCUAGUAACCUUGGCCAUUGAUAAUCAAGCCUGCUCCCAUCCACAUAUCAUUUUCACAGUACAAGGAACACAUACCAGGGCUGAAUCCACAUUAC